GCGGCUGGAGCCUCUGAUUGGGUUUCGGGGUCCGGUACUGGAGCCAAUCAGCGCGGGCAGCGAACCGGGGGAGCGAGGCACGAAUUCAUGAAGCCCUGGAGAAAAGUUUGGGGAAAGAUUUAUCUACAUUUUGCUUAUAUACAGCUGUACCUCCCCCAUGUUUCCAAGGAGUGCAUCCUGAAGUCUUCUAGGAUCUCCAGAGUGAAAAUCACUGUGGUCAAGACUCUAACUUGGAGGGACCAUGGAACAGUAUACAGCAAACAGCAAUAGUUCGACAGAACAGAUUGUUGUACAGGCUGGACAGAUUCAGCAGCAGCAGCAGGGUGGUGUUACUGCUGUCCAGUUGCAGACUGAGGCCCAGGUGGCAUCCGCCUCAGGCCAGCAAGUCCAGACCCUCCAGGUAGUCCAGGGGCAGCCAUUAAUGGUACAAGUCAGUGGAGGCCAGUUAAUCACAUCAACUGGCCAACCCAUCAUGGUCCAGGCUGUUCCUGGUGGACAAGGUCAAACCAUCAUGCAAGUACCUGUAUCUGGGACACAGGGUUUGCAGCAGAUACAGUUGGUCCCACCUGGACAGAUCCAGAUCCAGGGUGGGCAGGCUGUGCAGGUACAGGGCCAGCAGGGCCAGACCCAGCAGAUCAUCAUCCAGCAGCCCCAGACAGCCGUCACUGCUGGCCAGACGCAGACGCAACAGCAGAUUGCUGUCCAGGGGCAGCAAGUGGCACAGACUGCCGAGGGGCAGACCAUCGUCUAUCAGCCAGUUAACGCAGAUGGCACCAUUCUCCAGCAAGUUACAGUCCCUGUUUCAGGCAUGAUCACCAUCCCUGCAGCCAGUUUGGCAGGAGCACAGAUUGUUCAGACCGGAGCCAAUACCAACACAACCAGCAGUGGGCAAGGGACUGUCACUGUGACACUACCAGUGGCAGGCAAUGUGGUCAAUUCAGGAGGGAUGGUCAUGAUGGUACCUGGUGCUGGCUCUGUGCCUGCUAUCCAGAGAAUCCCUCUCCCUGGGGCAGAGAUGCUUGAAGAAGAGCCUCUCUAUGUGAAUGCCAAACAGUACCACCGUAUACUUAAGAGGAGGCAAGCCCGGGCUAAAUUAGAGGCAGAAGGGAAAAUUCCAAAGGAAAGAAGGAAAUACCUGCAUGAGUCUCGGCACCGUCAUGCCAUGGCACGGAAGCGUGGUGAAGGUGGACGAUUUUUCUCUCCAAAGGAAAAAGAUAGUCCCCAUAUGCAGGAUCCAAAUCAAGCAGAUGAAGAGGCUAUGACACAAAUCAUCCGAGUGUCCUAACCCCAGGCCAUGCGAUGGAACUGAUCAAGGUCAUGUUCCUGCACUGUUUCCCACUGUUCCAAGGAAACUGAUCACCUCUUCCAAUGGGACACUGACGAUUACAUUCUGCCCUUUUCUACAGGACAGAAACCACUUAGUUUUUAAUAAGUGGCUUAGUAUUAUAAUUGCAAGGAUGUCUGGCAAAUUGAAGUUGCAAGCCUUUGACUCACCCUUUCAGUCAGGACUUAUUUCAGACUGUUGGUGACAUUGACAUUUCAUGGAUUGGGAUGAUGCAGGGGACCCAUACCAGCCCAGCAGUACCACACCUAGCACUUAAUGUUGACUGGUAAUGCCAGCCAGCCAUCUCAGCAGAGGAGAACGACCUUCUCAACCUAAACUGCAGUCAGGGAAGCUGCAGCCCACUCCUUCCCAUGGAUUCCAAACAGCACCCAUCCCUCUGAUGGGGGAUCUCAGGCUGACUAAUGGACACUUUGUAUUCAGAGAUGGUUUCCAGGCAAGGAAGCUUCAUCUCAUGAUAUGGAAACAAUAAAUUCUCUGAGAUACAUUCAUCUAAUCUGUGGUAAUAAUAAGAAUCCCUCCUACCCAGAUGAUAGGUUGGUAUUUUUGGACUCCAGCCAAGAAGAAGCUAACUCUGGGGAUAGACUGAUAAAAGACUCAAGCACUAAAAAUAUAGCUGAAUCUCUUAGCUUUGACAAGUUGUGGUCUGCUUGUCUGUCGACAGGUCAUAUGGACUGUAGUUCUUGCUGUGGUUACUUUUAAGACAAUUUAGAGUGUGCUGGGCCUUGACACUGCCUUUCCUAAGUAGAGAACAAAAUUAUAGAACUUCUGUGCCGAAGUGCUGAGGACAUUUGUAGUAACUCCUUAACAGAGCAGAGCUAGAGAUUUUCAAUCACAGGCUUUGUGACAACAUUUGGGGAAUAGAAAGGUUCAUGUUUGUUUCAGUCUAGAAGGACAAAGGGUGGUAUAUAUACUCUCAUGUUGUCAUAGCACGAUUCACCAGUGGAUGGAUACCUGGGAUGGAUCAUUAAGAUGAAGAGAAUAAUUUACAUUUAUACUAUAACCUUUUAACAAGCAUGGAAAGGGAAAAGUCUGAGAUUUGGUCCUUGACAAUUUCUGGAAAGCACUGUUCAAUCAAGCUAUCCUGGACAUAGUCCAGGUUUGCCUACUAGAGCUUGAGAUGUAUGUUGGCUUCACUCCUGCGCUUUGUGCUGGCCCUGGAGAGCGAACAUUCUCAUUCUUCCCAUGGCAGCUGAUUCUUUGGUGCCAGUUUCCGUUUGUUUCCCCUUUUCUCCGUAGGCAUUGUGCGGAAAGGUUUUCACAUUGCAUCCAUGUUCUGGGGAUAAACUGUGGACUGGAAAUAGAGAUUCCUGCAGGGUCAGGAACAGGACCACAACUCCCAGAGUGGGUUGUGCCUCAGUAAUCUGUUUCUUUUCUAAACGUGGAACCCUGGGAGAACUAAGAUGAUAUUUCAGAAGAGUUGCUGUUUUCUUGGAAACAAAGAAGGAAAACAAUCCUUUUGAAGAACAUUUGGGUUUGAUUUAAAUACCAAGAGUAGAGAUUGGCUCUUUCUUUGAUUUCACUCUAGCUGUAUUAAGAAGGAAAAGAAAUUAAACCCUCUAAAGAAAACAUCACAAAGGGAAAUCAC